AUGUCACCAGGAGAGGAAUUCGACAAAAAUACUAUGCUUAUGACUCAAACUAGCCAGACAGACUACGAGGAACUCUGUCGUCUAGACGUACUCGGGUUAGCUGACGUUCCAACACACGAUCAAGGAACGGUGUACUCCGAAUUUAAAGAGCAAUUAACGAGAGAUCCAGCGGGAUGGUACGUAACGGGGCUGCCUUGGGGAGGAAAUCAUGCAACCUUGCCAAACAACAAACAAGGAAGUCUACGUCGUCUGAACCACCUCACGAAGCGACUGCACCAAAACGGCCUUACCACCGAGUACGACUCCAUCAUCCGAGAAGAACUGAACGAGGGGAUUGUUGAGAAAGCACCGGAAGUCCCUAGCAACAAGGAAUUCUACAUUCCACAUAAGGCGGCUCGUACGCGAAAGGAAAAGGCCAUUGAAGUCCUGGACGAUGCCACUUUCCAAUCACACAAGUGGCACUCGAACGUUGAAGAGUUAGAGAGAGACGGUGAUCGGUCCCAAAAUCAUGACGAACAAUCGUUUGCGAAACAACAAUUUGGAGUGCAACCUGGUGAAACGAAGAUGCUUGGUUUGAAAUGGAAUAAAGUCGAGGAUACCCUGUCGAUCAAUUUUCCUGAAGAUGAACAUCCCGUGACCAGACGCGGUAUUCUCGGCAAACUCGCAAAGAUCUAUGACCCCCUCGGUCUAGUGUCACCACUUACACUAGAAGGGAAGCUGGUGUACAGAGCAGCCUGCGAGUCGAAGACGCCAUGGGAUGCCAAACUUAAUGACAAACUGACUCAGCGUUGGAAGAAGUGGGAGCGAAUCACCCCCAAGAUGGAGACGACACCGCGGGCGAUUGCAGACCAUAGAGAACCGGUGGAUGAGCUAGAACUUCACGCGUUUGGAGACGCCUCUACACAAGGAGUAGGCGCAGCUGUCUACUCAAUCGUGAGACAAAAGUCUGGAGUUACGCAACGACUUGUAGCUGGGAAGGGUCGACUCGCUAAGCAAGGGCUCACUAUCCCUCGGUUGGAAUUGGUCGCAGCACACAUGGCCACCAACCUUGUGACGAACGUGGGCAGCGCCUUACAAGGACUUCCGAAGCCCAGAGUACUCGGAUGGUUAGACAGCUCAGUUGCCCUACAUUGGAUCCGCGGUAACGGACAAUAUAAACAGUUUGUGGCAAAUACAGUCGCCAAGAUCCAACUUCAUUCAGAAAUCGAGUGGCGAUACGUGCCUACCCAUGACAACCCUGCCGACCUAGCCAGCCGCGGAGGGACAGUGACCACACCGUUGUGGUGGACUGGGCCCGAGUGGCUACAAGACCACGAUCGUUGGCCAACCAACCCAAUUACCGAAGCUUCAGCAGAUUCAGAGGCUGAAGCCAAGAUCAUCAAAGAAGUCUUGUGUGUCGCACGAGUAGAAGAUAUGAAGACGGACGACUUCGAUGACCUUCUCAAAAGACGAGAUUUACGACGCGUCCUGAGAACCGGUGCGUGGAUUCUACGGUUUGUUCGCAAUUGUCGAAGCAAGCAAAAGCAACGCGGUCCGUUGACAACUCCAGAAGUGAGCGAGAUGAAGACUUGGUGGAUCAAACGUGUCCAACUCCAAGACAGUUCAACACCACAUCACGAGCAAACCAAAGUCGCCCUUAACCUGCAGUGUCGGGGAAGAAUACAAGGGAAGUACCCGACGUAUCUACCUCCUGACGCGCCGUUUACGAGGAAGUUGGUGCAGAGAGUGCACCUCAAGACACUGCAUGGUGGCGUUGGGUUAACUAUGGCCGCAGUGAGAGAGGAUUACUGGGUUCCAAAGCUCAGACGGUUGGUAAAGUCUAUCCAAAGAGAUUGUUGGGGUUGCAAGCGGUCCAGAGCAACGGCCUUCGCAACACCCCCUCCUGGUCAGCUUCCAGAAGACCGAACCACCGGAGAAACAGCCUUCGAAGUCGUGGGAACUGAUUUCGCAGGGCCAAUACGGUAUCGAAAAGCUGCGAAGCGAGAGGGAAAGGCCUAUCUGAUCAUUUUCUCUUGCAGUUUGUCGAGAGCUAUCCACCUAGAAGUCAUUCCUAAUCUUGAAACGACAACCUUUAUCCCGUGCUUGAAACGGCUAGUGGCUCGGAAGGGUCGACCUCGAGUUAUCUACUCAGACAACGGUCGGACAUUUGUGAAAGCGGUGAAGUGGUUGGUUCAAGCGGUGGAAGACGAACGCCUCCACAGCCACCUAGAAGAGUGUAGCAUCACGUGGAAAUUUAACCUGUCAAGAGCACCCUGGUGGGGCGGGCAGUUCGAGAGACUGAUAGGUAUAGUGAAGAAGGCAAAUGCACAAGACGAUCGGGGGAGCAACGCUCACUUGGCAAGAGUUAAGCGAAGUCAUGUUAGAUAUCGAGACCCAGAUAAAUAG